AUGUUCUCUGUAUCCUGCCCUUUCCUGGAGCUGCUGAAGUUCCGCAGCACUGGUCAGAGGUUCGUGGACUGCUCCACACGCUCACGUGGUCCCUGUGCUAAGAUGUCUCCAGAGGAUGGUCUUUGUCUGAACAUUUCCACUGCGCCGCUUUCGAACCAGGAAUGGGCGAGGAGUCAGAGGAAGAGACCCGCUUCGAGCCAAGACAAGUGGACGUUGAAAAAGCAACGGCGUCAGCAACAUAACGCAGCUUCAGUCCAGAGGAAACAGGAGACCGUCCCUCCUCCGGCAAAGGUUCAGGUGGCACCUCCUGAAAACAGCGACUCCACAGAACCUCAAAAGAAGAAGAAGAAGGAGAAAAAGAAGGAUGUAGGAGAUGAAGAUGAUGGCGGUAAAGACUUGCCAGUUAAAGUUACAAAAAUCAAGAAGAAAAAGCUUCUGAACAAAACAGACAACGUAGAAGCAGAAAAGGAUGAAGGAGACAAAGAGACCAACAAAGGAUCCUUCAGGACGUCCUCUCUGUUCAAGCACAACCCCGAGAUCCCAGUCAUACACAGAACGUGUGUGUCUCAGGUGAAAGAGGAGGUCUUCAGCCAUUCUUCGUUUGAUGACUUGGACAUUCACCCACAUUUGGUGGCGACACUGAAUAAAGUCCUGAAUGUUUCCACAAUGACCAGUGUCCAGCAGAGGACAAUCCCAGUGCUGAUGUCGGGACAAGAUGCAGUGGUCCGCUCCCAAACAGGAUCAGGAAAGACGCUGUCCUAUGCUGUUCCCCUGGUGCAGAGUCUUCAGUGUCGUCAGCCCAAAGUCCACAGGUCCCAGGGUCCUCUGGCGCUUGUCCUGGUCCCCACCAGAGAGCUUGCUCUUCAGACUUUCCAGACUUUGCAAAAACUCCUUAAGCCGUUCAUGUGGAUUGUGCCUGGAGUGCUGAUGGGAGGAGAGAAGAGGAAGGCAGAAAAGGCCAGGCUCCGUAAAGGCGUGAACAUCCUGGUGUCCACUCCAGGUCGUCUGGUUGAUCACAUCCAAAACACCUUGAGUCUGGCAUUCAGCUCCCUAUGCUGGCUGGUGCUGGACGAGGCUGACCGGACUCUGGACCUAGGAUUUGAGAAGGACUUGACUGUGAUCCUAAACUCUAUAAACUCGUCUGGGGCUAAACGACAGAAUGUCCUUCUUUCGGCUACCAUCUCCCAAGGUGUGACACGACUGGUGGACGUUUGUUUAAAUGAUCCAGUCACGAUUCAGGUGUCUGAAUCUGACUACGCCCCUUCGACUGAUGUGGCUCAAUCAGAGAGCACCUCCAGCAUAGCUGUCCAGACCUUCUCUGUUCCUGAGGGGCUCAAACAGUAUGUGGUGAUCGUUCCCAGUAAAGUGCGGCUGGUCUGUCUUGCCUCUCUCAUCCUGGAUAAGUGUCAGGUUAAUGAGAGUAAGAUAGUGGUGUUCGUGUCCAGCUGCGAGGUGGUCGAGUUCCUUCAUCUGAUCCUGUCCUUCAUCCUGAACAAGCACUCCACCAAUCGGCAGCUGAAUUUCUGGCGUCUCCACGGCAACAUGAAGCAGGAGUCUUUUACACAGCGCUGCCAUUUCUGA